ACACUGACGCUUUGCAAACAGCGCUGGAAACUUACAAAUUCAUAAACAAUGAACAGCGAAAAGGCUGAAAAAGCCAAAGUCAGCGCACAAAUCAAACAUGUGCCCAAAGAUGCACAAGUUAUUAUGUCCAUACUUAAAGAGCUCAACAUCCAGGAGUACGAGCCACGCGUAGUUAACCAACUGCUUGAGUUUACAUUUCGGUAUGUGACUUGUAUAUUGGAUGAUGCCAAGGUAUAUGCUAACCAUGCACGCAAAAAAACUAUCGAUUUGGAAGAUGUGCGGCUUGCCACCGAGAUGACUUUGGACAAGAGCUUCACUGGACCU